AGGUUCCAUCGGUUUCCACAUGAUAGUCUCUCUCUUGAAGAUCUACGUGUAUUCACUAUGUCUAUCUGUGGCUACAGCAACUUGUUCUACGUGCGAGUUAUUAAUAAGUUCAAGAAGAGUCUAGUCUACAUCUAAUGAGUAAAGUGUACCUCUAAUGUUACUGUCCGUUGAUGUGGCUUUGUUGAGUUAGCAUGUCCUCAAUUAUAAUAUCAAGGACAUCGACACGCACGCACCUCCUCGCUUUUUAUCAUUCCAUACUAUUUCUUUUGCGCCGUCGCUCCUGAUCGAUGAAGUUUUAAGAGUCUACAUUUACUAGAUUUUUAGAAAUCUUAAAACAAUAAGAGCAUAAAAGAUGGCUUCGUCUGCUGACGUGACGGUCAAUUCCCGCGGAGGGAAGAUCAAUCUGCAUGGUGAUACGUUGGAGAUAACGCCACUUGGUAGUGGGAAUGAGGUCGGACGAUCCUGCGUUGUCAUGUCCUUCAAUUAAGGCCAUUUUUUAUUGUAAAAAUGGACGAGUACGAGAUCAUUAAUUAUAUUAGAUCACAACUUCUGUUCCAUUUCCAACAUGAAGAUAUUUCAGGCAUUGUAUGGUUCUGGUAUUUGGUAACCUGAAUUUGAUCCUAAGGGUUCUCUUCUUGUUUUCCCUUAUGAUCAAACUCAGGUUACCAAAUACCGGAACCAUUCAGGCAUAACUGUUCUUUUCUCGCAGCUGCAGCAAAGCUUAGUUCGUCCCAAUCUUUCUCUCGCAGUUGGGGCGAAUUAAGCUUUGCAGCGAAUCAUCAUAGAGUCCGCCUCUUUCUGCCUCCCUUUUCCUACGUUUUCAAUGCGGAACCUAGUAAGGGCGGGGUGGCCCCUGGUAACAACCAAAAGAAAUAUUUCUCUCGCAGCUGCGAAUCAUCAUGAUCUUCUCACUACAACUACAAGUACAGCUUUGCUCUAAUCCAAGGGCAAGACCGUCAUGUUCGAUUGCGGCGUACAUCCAGGUCUCACUGGAAUGGCACAACUUCCGUACUUCGACAAGCUUACGGAAAUGGGCAAGAAGGUCGAUCUCGCACUCAUUACGCACUUCCAUAUGGAUCACAGUGGCGCAGUGCCAUAUUUCGUCACGAGAACGGAGUUUAAAGGUAUUCAUCUCAAAUACUUGUUUUCAUUACAACAAGAAGAUGAAGAAGGACGGAGUGAGCUUAUCAGAUAAAGGUACUGUGAAGUUGAAGUAAGUACAAGCAGGUGAAGUAGUAAUACUAGGUAGAUGUUGAUGAACAAGGUGAAUCAUCUGAAAGAGAGCGAGCGGGAGGCGAGAACUUGCAUGACUCCUCCGACAAUCGCUAAAUAUAAAGACUGUCACUCUCCCACUACUUCUCAGGUAGAAUUUUUAUGACGCACCCGACAAAGAGCAUUUGCAAGAUGCUCUGGCAGGAUCAUUCGAAAAUAAACAAGAUCAACAACGAAGAUAUGAUCUACACUUUCCGGGACAUAGAGAAGAGUUGUCAAAAGAUUGAGUUGAUAGACCUACACCAACAGAUCGACGUCGAUGGCAUGAGGGUGACCUGCUACGCGGCAGGACACGUAUUAGGAGCUGCGAUGUUUUUAGUGGAAAUUGGAGGUACUACUUCUUCUAUUUUGAUUCUUGUUAGAAGAACUGGUCUCUAUCUUGAUUGUUAGAAGUACUACUUCUAUCGUGAUUGUUCGAAGAUGUUGAACUAGUGUAUGUGUAUGUAGUUGAUGUACUAGUACCGGCUAGGAUUCCGAUGUAAUGAUCUUCUCUAGGCAUUUCUUUUCCUUUUCAGGUGCUUUCUUUUCCUUUUCAGUCUAGUACAAUACUUCAUCCACACCAGGAAUCCGUGUCCUCUACACCGGAGACUAUUCCCGUGAGGAGGAUCGGCAUUUGAUGCCUGCAGAGAUCCCGCCAAUGCGGGUGCAUGUUCUGAUUGUAGAAAGCACAUACGGCACGCAGUCGCAUGAGGAUCGAAAAGUGCGGGAGACGCGAUUCUUGGCUAAAGUGGUAUCAGUGGUAAAGGGCGGUGGGAAAGUGCUGCUUCCAAGUUUUGCACUCGGGCGGGCGCAAGAGCUGCUUUUGAUGUUGGAGGAGCACUGGGCCAAAACGCCUGAAUUACAGAACGUGCCCAUUUUUACGGCUAUAUCAAUCGUGCUCAAGAACAAUUUUUUCAAUUACAAUUUAUUAUAGAUACAUCGAUCAGUGACAGUCGUGACUACACCUAGUACAGUGUGGGAGUGGGGUUCAAUCGAGGAGGCAAUCAUGAUCAACUCCUGAAGACUUUUCGUUCGCGUUCCAAGAAUGAAUUAUACUAGACCACGUCACGGUGAGCGUGACUUUACAAACUCUAACCUCUACUACAAUUCGUGUCAAGAAUGAAUUAUACUAUAGACCACGUCACGGUGAGCGUGAGAGAAACUCUAAUCUCUACUACAAUUCUCCCAUGGCUCUGAAGUGCUCUAGGAUAUUCGAAACGUUUACGAACUUAGCUCGCGGAGCGGAUGUUGGAGGUGGGAACCCGUGGAACCUCAAAUACGUCAAGAGUUUUGGAACUGAGCACCGCGAAAAGACCGUGGAAGUGAUCAACAACAGACACCCUUGUGUCGUACUGGCAGCACCGGGUAUUCAACAUUCAAAUUCUUGAAGAAAUAGCAAUUUAAGUGGUUUUUAAAUAUAAAUUUAAUAAGUACUUAUCUUCAUAUCAUUUUGUUUUUGUUGUAUGUAGUCGAUGAUGAUGAUGAUGAUGAUGAUGAUUAUUUGAUCCACCCAAUUGACAUUCGUCCACUUGCUUCUAGCUCACUUACGCAGAAUUCCUUUCGACAAGUACUCACGAGCAACUUCUUUUACAACCAUAGGUAUGCUCCAGAAUGGAUUUAGUCGUGAACUUUUUGAACUGUGGGCUCCCGGACGAGAAAACGCCGUAAUCAUGACCGGCUACAGCGUUGACGGAACUAUAGCAAAAGAUUUGGAGAAGCAGCCGGACCAGCUUUCUCUGCCUGAUGGUCGAAUCAUCCACGUCCGCUGCACUAUAGACAACAUCUCUUUUUCUGCUCACAGCGACUACACCCAGACGAGCGACUUCAUACGGGAAAUCAAGACCAACCAUGUGAUCCUAGUCCACGGAGAAGAGACGAACAUGACGAGAAUGCGAAAUAAGCUGAGGACAGACCAUGGUGACAACUUGAAGAUUUAUACCCCAGCUAACACCCAAAGCGUAGCCAUCACAUUCAAACCAGACUUGGGUGUCACAAUCGCUGGAAAACUCGCAGCCGAAGUAGCGGACACUGGAGAUGCUCGAGAAGAGUCGGCCGAAGGGGAUCCCUCACCCGGCGCAAAGAGACAGAAAACGGGACCUUAUGAGUGUGGUUUCUAUUUUCCGUAUUCUUUGUCACUUUACCUAUAAUACCUCCUCCUGUCAUAUUCUUGGCAUUCAUGGUAGUGAUAAGAGAUUCACAUGAUUCUUGUUUUCUGUCUGCGUUACGAUUACAUCAAGAAGUUGUGUACUGAUGUGUUUGAUGUGAAGAAGAUGUUCAUCUUUGCUUUGUACUACUCAUAGGUACUAAGCUACCUACCCUUUCUAGAAAUACUACAACAGAGUUACAGUUCUUGUUGUGAACUACGACCAAAAGUGAGGUUAGGUCUUGCUUUUGUCUGAAAAUGACUAGUAAACAAGAGGACGCUCUUCUUCUUCCAAUUUUCUUCUCCACUAGUACUAAGAAUGUUCAGCGGCCUUACAACUAGUACCCCUCCCCACUCUAAGGAGCGACAUCCUCGACUUUCGGAAGCUCCUCGAGUUCAUCGAAAAAACUCAUUAGCGGUAUCUUGGUAGAAGAUGCCUAUGGACAGCGAAGCCUUAUUUCGCCUCAGGAGUUGAGCACUUUCACCAAACUGGAAGUUGCGAGCUUUGAGCAGACACAAAAUUAUGCAACUGCUAACACAAGUUCAAGUGCACUGAUACAAGUAGAAGCAGUAGAGCUGCGUCUAACACAAGUUGUAGAAAUAUUAGAAGUUGUAGGAGACCUGCAGUUGCAAACACAAGAAGCUCAAGUAGAAAUAGUAGAAGUUGACAAGAAAAUAGAGAUGUUGUUGAGGGUGGUUGUUGUUAACACAAGUAGUGGAAGUAGACGUAGAAGAUAGAGGUUAUAACAAAGUUAAUACUAGAGAUGGCUGUGAUUGAGAUCAUUGUAUAAUUUAUUAGACGUAAUUCAAUUUCAUAUUUUACUAUCCUCAGAGUCGAGCCAGGUGCCGGGGGGCUUCGAUGUGCAGGAUUCACAAUACUAGAGAUGGUUGUGAUUACGAAUGAGAUCAUUGUAUAAUUGAUUAGUCGUAAUUCAAUUUCAUAUUUCACUAUUUGCUUUCCCUUUGCGGAGUACGACAACUAUCUGCUCUAAUGCAUGUUUGCCUUCAAUCAAAGACUUGACCUCUUAGCGAAGGCAAUUGAGGGCAUCUAUCAGGAUGUCUGCUUAGCCGGUGAGGAUGAGAUGAUAGUCCAAAGUUGCGUCAGGAUAAAGCUCAAAAAUCAGGUACUAGUAUUUUGUUCAACAUUCUACUGUAGUCCUCACUCUCCUGUGUCAUUCUACUGUAGUCAUUCUACUGUAGUCCUCAGUCUCCUGUAUUUUUAUGGCUUGAAGAUGAUAGGAUAAGAAUGAGAUAUCGUCAAUAUCGACGUCAACCUCCUGUUCUUGCGAUUUAUAGCUAGAAGACCUCCAUCUUUCAUCCACACUAAAAACUUGUUUAUACGGUGGAAGACAGACAUUUAAAUUUUGUAUAUAAUACGGUAGAAAUCUUAUUUCUCCUUCAUUCACACACAUUCACACUCUCGAUCUCAACCUCUAUUAUCCGACUACAACUCUUGAUAAUGUUAUAUUUGAUAAUUGAGAGCUAGGAUGCGGGGGUUGCUCGACGUGCAGGAUUCACAACGUAACCUAGCCUAACCUAACCUAACCUAACCUAACCUAACCUAACCUAACCUAACCAUAAUUCACAUAUUUAACAACCUCCACCACUACCUCCAGAUCCUGGAGCUCUCGUGGUUAGCAUCACCAAUGGCGGACAUGGUCGCGGAUUCCAUCGUACUAGUGGCCCUGGAGAUCACGCGGUCACCGAUAGCAGUCCAAGCACUUAGUGCCCAGUUAACCGACGCCCUUGAGAAUCGGUCUUCGAUCAGCGGUCUCUCCGACAGUGUGGAAAGAAAACUUAUGAGGACGAUCAUAGGACACACAUAGACAUUGAAUGGAAAAGAUAUUGGUAGUAGAGGAGGUGGUGGUACUUGGAAAUAGUAGAGGUCGUUACUUCAAGGAAAGGUAGAGGUCCCACUUCUAGAACUUCGCCUCCUUCGAUUAUUCCAAGUUGUACACUUCGAGAACUUGUUCAUCUCUAAUUUUUUUUUCCAUGUGUGGACGAGUUACUUGCAGCAAAGUCACGGAGACCACGUGAAGUGGGAUGAGGAGACCAGAAGUGUCCAGUUCGAGGUGGAUGAUGCUGCAGUUCUAGUCGAUUUCCCCAAUCGACAAGUGGAAGUCAUCUUAAGGCUGGACUAACAGUGAAUGAGGAAAACGGGCAUCUAUACGCAUAAUCUAUUUGAGCCCUUUGUGGCUUGGAAUUGAUUCAAUUCGUGCUACUAUGACCUAUUAGUUUGAGCCGUUCGAUCUUGAUGCGAUCAUCAAUUUCUAUACCUAUCCUAUCUUAUCCUAUCAAGAAUGCUUGUUCCACUUCCAGUUGAAAAUUUAAACGCGUUUUCAUCUCUCGGUAUCCGAUUCUUCAUCUCUAGAAGUGCUUCUCUAAUGCACAAUGCGCCUGACGAAGGAAGGAAAAAGUCCAUAGCCGACGACGUACUGCAAAGUCUGCAGCGAUGCGAGGUGGCCCUGAAGCCAGUUCCGAAAUUGUAGUAGUCCAAUCUACUUGUCAUUUAUACUGCUUCUCUAAAGCCUAAGCCACCAGUGCCGAAAUUGUAGUAGUCCAAGCUACUUCGAAAUUUUAGUAGUCCACCAAUCCCCUUGUCAGUUAUACAACUAAGUACUUCGACUUCCUACUGUCGCGGUUGCAGAAGAAGCUGCUUCGAAUUCCUACUGUCGCGGUUUUGAUUGUAGUCCUCUUCCCACGACGACGCCAGGACCAGUUAUAUACUGCUACGUACAACUUUCCUCGUGUCAACCUCGACAGUGCUCGUCCCUGUGACCCUUGUUCUUCAGUCCUUCUUCGACAGUAGCAUUAGUACACUACUGUCGAGGUCAUGGCUAGUUCUUAGACUCUGCAAGCACAACCACGAAUUCUUAGACUCCACAACCACAACCGCGACGUGGCUAGUCUUUUCGCUGCAGCACAUUGCAUUAUAUUUAAGGCUCAGCUUUCAAUGGUCAUUGGGGUUGGUCACUGAGAUCGAAGAAGCGACCCCUUUAGAGAACAGGGGAAAAGGAAAGGAAAGGGGAGAGCUUUGCAGGGAGUCUCUUCCGUUCAGCAUCAGUGACCAUUGAGUGCUGAGCUUUAAUAUAUUGCUCUUGUGACUGUUGAACAUGUUGAUGUUGUGACUGUUGUGUCUGUCGUGAGUGAGUGAGUGCCUGGCUGCCAGGUGGUUAUUCCGAAGAAGAUAAUACCCUAUGUAUAAGAACAGUGAGGACAUUCGUAAUUUCUUGUUGUUGAGUCG